UCUACUCUUCAUUAAAUCCCAUAAGCUCCUUUUCUUCUUCAACUCCCUUUUGACAGACCCUUCUUCUUGGGUUUUAUUUUUCUUUCAUGUCUGUUCCUGAAAUGGAUCUCUUCAGGUUCCUGAAACUAAUAAGUGUUUAUAUAGUAGCUGCACUGGUUGUAAGUACGCUCAACUCAGUUGAGUCAAGAAUAUAUAUUCAUUUUGAUCAGACUCCAUUGCCAUUCUCAAGGUUUUCUACAGCCAUUUUUGGCUACUCUGUUAAAAGGCUUGAUGGUUCCAAUGCUUGCGCAAAACAUUCUUGUUUAAUUUACUGUGAGCUUGAUGGCAAAGCUCUGGAAUCAUGCCCUGUUGGUGUCAUAGCAUUAAGAAACCUAACUGAAAACCGUAAACACCAAUUUCUUGUUAAUGUUACAACCCGAAACGGAGAGACAAAUUCAUCAGCUUUUUCCUGGUUCAUCGAUACAACUCCACCAACAGCAACAAUCUCAAGUGAUCAAAACUACACUAAUGCUGAGAAAAUAACCAUUGAAAUUACCUUCACUGAAGCUUGCACUAGAGAAGGUGCAUUUUUCAAGUGUCUCAAUUCAUCAAAUUGUGAUGUUAUUGCCAGAGGUCCUGGUCACAUCCAUGCUUCUUCACUACGGGUGAUCGAACCUAAGAUCAAAUAUAGGCUUGAUGUGAUUCUUUCCUUGAAAACUUUACACGGUCGUGUGAUGAUUAAUACAAAAGAUAGAUUCUGUAUAGACCUGGCCGGAAACAGAUUUACAAGGACUAAUAGUUCCAUUUUAGUCAUACACUUAGAUAGAAGACCUGUCCUGGCUGAUCUAUGGACAUCCGUUCCAUCCUAUGAAUUGGGUAUAAAUGGAGUUCCACGAACUGUCUUUGCAAUUAACAAAAUCAAUGAGAUAAAGAUAUUCCUGGACUUCAGCAUUCCUGUUGUGAAUUCAACAGAACAGAUCAUAAAUUUAGCACAUGUGAAUUCAGGCGAGAUAGUCUCUAUUCGUGACAGGAAUCAUGGGAAUCGGAGAUUUGUUUUUGCUGUAAGAGACUUAUUUCCAACUCUCCAAUCAUUUUGACAGUUUCUUCAGGA